AUGGCCAAGUUCGAUUGUUUCCAAGGUCUCCAUGGACAGGUGCAGCAGUUCAGUAGCUUGCAUCACACCUGUGCCUGUGUUCUCCUCGUAGUUAAGAUCCUCCUGUUCUACGUGAUAUUUUACGGCUGCUUGGCUGGCAUCUUCAUCGGAACCAUCCAGGUGAUGCUGCUGACCAUCAGUGAACUGAAGCCCACCUACCAGGACCGGGUGGCCCCGCCAGGAUUAACGCAGGUUCCUCAGAUCCAAAAGACUGAAAUUUCCUUUCGUCCUGCUGACCCCAAGAGCUUCGAGGCUUAUGUGCUGAACAUAGUGAGGUUCCUGGACAAGUACAAAGAAACGGCCCAGAAGGAUGACAUGAUCUUCGAGGACUGUGGCACUGUUCCCAGUGAACUCAAAGAACGAGGAGACUUUAACCACGAACGGGGAGAGCGAAAAGUCUGCAGGUUCAGGCUUGACUGGCUGGGAAACUGCUCUGGAAUACAGGAUGAAAGUUACGGCUACAAAGAAGGCAAACCCUGCAUCAUCAUAAAGCUCAACCGAGUUCUGGGCUUCAGACCAAAGCCUCCCAAGAAUGAGUCCUUGGAGUCUGUGGAGACGUACACUGGGGCAAGGUACAGCCCGAACGUGCUGCCUGUUCAGUGCACUGGCAAGCGAGAAGAAGAUAAGGAUAAAAUUGGAACUGUGGAGUACUUUGGAAUGGGUGGAUAUGCCGGUUUUCCUCUGCAGUAUUAUCCCUACUAUGGCAAACUCCUGCAGCCCAAGUAUCUGCAGCCCCUGCUGGCUGUACAGUUCACCAACCUCACCAUGGACACCGAAGUUCGCAUUGAGUGUAAGGCGUACGGUGAGAACAUUGGGUACAGUGAGAAAGACCGUUUUCAGGGACGCUUUGAUGUGAAAAUUGAAGUUAAGAGCUGAUCACAAGCACAAAUCCUCCCCACUAGCCAUUUAAUAAGUUAAAAGAUUACGAAAACAAAAACCUACUAGUCUUGAACAAACUGUCAUACGUAUGGGACCUACACUUAAUCUAUAUGCUUUACACUAGCUUUCUGCAUUUAAUAGGUUAGAAUGUAAAUUUAAAGUGUAGCAAUAGCAACAAAAUAUUUAUUCUACUGUAAAUGACAAAAGAAAAAAAUAAAAAUUGAGCCUUGGGACGUGCCCAUUUUUACUGUAAAUUAUGAUUCCAUAACUGACUUGUAGUAAGCAGUGUUUCCAGCCCCUAAGUAUUGCUGCCUUGUGUAUUUUAUUUAGUGUACAGUACUAUAGGUGCAUACUCUGGUCAUUUUUCAAGCCAUGUUUUAUCAUAUCUGUUUUCUACUUUAUGUGAGCAAGGUUUGCUGUCCAAGGUGUAAAUAUUCAAUGGGAAUAAAACUGGCAUGGUACUUUCUUUUUUUUUUCUUUUUUGUUGUUGUUUGGCUCUUUCAAAGAUAAUGGCCCAUCAAUGAGCAAUUUUUAACACACUCCAUAGUCUUUCCCUGUGAUGUUAGGUAUUACUUUUUUUUUCUCCUGGGGCUUGGGGGGUGGGCUGUCAUGGGGGAACUGCCCUUUGAAUUUUAAGUGACACUACAGAAAAACAAAAAAGAUGAUGGGUUGUGUUGUGCUUUGUACUGAAUGCUGUCUUGACAUCUCUUCCCUGGUCCUCCAGUGGGUUCCGAAGCUGUGUCUGAGGUCUGGCUCCACCUGUCACUUUGGAUAAUGACAGGGCUAAUUAGUUUGCUUUGUACAUUUUCUUUUCCUUUUUUCCUUUCUCUGGAGGCAUCACAUGCUGGUGCUGUGUCUUUAUGAAUGUUUUAACCAUUUUCAUGGUGGAAGAAUUUUAUAUUUAUGCAGUUGUACAAUUUUAUUUUUUUCUGCAAGAAAAA